AAUCCCAAACCAGAGAUGGUAGAGUUGAACACUUUGGAGGUUUUCAGCGUGGCAUACAACAACUUGUCAGGCAGUAUUCCAGAAUCGAAAGCUCAAUUUGGUACCUUCAUUGAAAACAGUUAUGAGGGGAACCCUUUCCUCUGUGGACCUUUACUGAAUAAAAGUUGCUCGAAAGCCGAUGCACCAUCAACAGAGUCAACUCCGUCAGAUGAUGAUGAAGGAGAAGAUAAUUGGGUAGACAAGUAUGUUUUUUGUGUGAGCUUUGUGGUUUCCUAUGUAGUGAUGUUGUUGACAGUUUUUGUCGUGCUUUACAUAAAUCCACAUUGGCGAAGAACUUGGUUUUCUUUCGUUGGGAAGUGCGUCACUACCUGUCGCUAUUCAACCAUGGGAAAUUUCAUUGUGUAUCACAUCUCCAAAAUUUGUGCUUAGCUGCCAUGGAGAUUUCAUUGAAGUUGUUUCGUGCUGAUCCAAGGAAAAGAAAGAAAAUUUGAUCUUUUGAUCUGAUUGUUUCAAAUGUGCUUGAGACGAAUUGUUG